GGGUUCGAUGCUUCAUUGGAUCUUCUCUAAGGACGCAGCGGGAGGGAUAUUUUGUUGUGAUUGGUUCUUAUGGUUAGCGAGAAGUAGCGGAUUGGUUGUUAAGGCGAGGGUAGGUGGAGUUAGUCAACAGCGCUGAUCCACUUUAGCAGCCACCUUGAAGAAGCAAUGAAAUUAUCGCUCCAGUGUAUGCUGGGUAACGUAGUUUUAAAUGUAGCUUUGUCCCUCAGUUAAACCGGGGUUGUUGACUUUAUUGAACUCGUUUCCCACACUUACGUGAAAUCCAGGGGAAGUGUGGGAUAUGAUGUUUGUAAAUCUGAGUAACCUAAUCCUGGUACCAAGCGAGUAAAGGUAGAAGUUUAAGCCGGGUAGUACAAUGUUGUCAGAAUUAUUGCAAGGGACCGAUACUGGAGGGUUUCUUAUAAUACAAGAUACGUGUUGUUACUCUGGACGCAACCUCCUCAAGAGCCUGAUCAAUGCUGCCUUAAACAGGGAGGAGGCUGUCCACGUCCUGGGUUUUGAUGUGAGUGAGGAAGAGCUGAAAGAUGGAUUGAAAACAUUAGUCACACACAGGCUACACAUUCACAGUGCUUAUAUAGACCCACUUGGAUGGUCUGAUCACCCAACUUUCACAGUUCAACAGUUUAGUUUGGUGGAACUUACACAUCUGAUUAAACAGACCUCACACCUCAAACCAGCUACAUUGGUGAUUGACUCUCUGUCAUGGAUAUUAAGACAUGUGAAUCCACCUGCUGUGUGCAAGACACUUCAGCAGCUCAAGAAAGGGGGAGCUGUGAGAGCUAUUAUAGGCCUGCUCCAUGCAGACAUGCAUCAAAAGGGGACUGUGGGAAGCGUCUGCCACUUAGCAACUUCAGUCAUCACUGUGACACCUGGAAUGAAGGGAGAUGAAGCAGUGGCGAAAAUAACAAAGCGCUCAAAAUCGGGGAAAGUUAUGCAAGAUGAGGAGAUAUUCAGCAUCAACGAGGAUCUUACAGUCACAGUCCAGAGCAAGCCCUGCAAUCCUGGACACAAACAGAAUGACACUGAUGAACAACAGGUGGACCCAACAGCUAACUUGACCUUCAAUCUUCGAUUGUCUGAGACAGAGCGCGAGGCAAAGGAGAAACUUGCACUUCCCUUUGUCUUCAGCAAAGAGAAAAAAACCGCUUUGCUUCACUCAGGCCCGGGAUCGGGACGAAUUCUGUAUGAACCCGAUGCCAAUGACGACUAUGACCAGGAGGAUCCUGAUGACGAUCUUGAUGUUUAGGAUUAAGGCAUAAAGCCUGGUGCCAUUUUCCUUGCCCACUGAACACAAUGAGACAUGUCCAUCAAUGGAGACUCAAUUCCUUAUAUCACCUAAAGGAAUUUUGAUUAUGUAAAUUAAUGUGUCAUAUGUCUCUAAGAAAUAUUCUUUAUAAAAUGCAAGAGUUUUCUCUAAUUUUAUGGAUUGCCUUUUCUUUAAGCUUUUCAUGGCAUGAAAACAUGUUAUGAUACAUUUUCUGAGCCAUUGUGCUGAAGUUAGUCACAUCACAUGCACUAUAUCUCUGCUUUGUGGUCUAUGGGUAAAAAAAAAAACAGUACAAGGGGUCACAGGGUAUUUAAAGUAAUAAAAUGAAACAUAUUUCCAUUAUAGAAAUUAUUUUCCUAAGAUGUA